CGCCCCGGAGAGACGCUUGGGGGUCGAUUUUCUUCUUUCUUCCCCCAGUCGCGCCACUCUCCAAAGCCCUGAGCACCCUAGUGUGGCCGCUGGGCCCCGCACCGGCGCUCCCGGAAGGCGCUGCUCGGGCCUGGGUGCGUCGGGACCCGGAUGUGGAGCCGCUCGCGGCCGGCGGGGACUCUGUGGCAGGGCGGAGCGCGGCGGCGUGCGCGGGGGCAGAGAGAAGGGGGCCCGUGGGCCCGGGCGCUCGCCGGACGCCGGGAGGUACCGCAGGCGCCCCCGGGGGAGGAGGCGGCGCCCGCCCCCGGGUCGGGGGAGAAGAAAGGCCGGCAGUUUAGCUUGCUCCCCGCCGCCCCCGCCGGGCUACCCUCCCCCGGCCCCCGGCGUCCCCCGCGCUCCCGGCCGGGGGAGAGCGUGGUUUCCUGGCGGCCGUCGCUGUAGCCUGGCCGCGGAGCCCGGAGGAAGCGGGGGAGUCCCCGCCCACGGCCCCCUCCGCUCUGCCCGCCCGCCGCCGCCCCGGAGCCCCCGCGGCCCGGCCUCCCGCCCGAGCAGGGGGCGCGCCGGCGGCGGCGGCGGCUGGGCAGCGGCGGGGCGCUGGGCGCGGAGCGCGCCGCCGGCCCCGUGAGUUACUCCCACGUCCCCCGGGGCUCGCUGCCGCCCCCGCCGGCGCCGAGAGUCCGGACGGGGCCCAACGCCCUCCCGGGCCCCCCGGCGGCGGCAGCGGCGGCGGCGGCGGCGGAACCCCCCGCCCGGGCCCCGAUGAGUAACUCCCGGAAUAACCGGGUGAUGGUGGAAGGGGUCGGGGCCCGGGUAGUGCGCGGCCCGGAUUGGAAGUGGGGCAAGCAGGACGGCGGCGAGGGCCAUGUGGGCACGGUGCGGAGCUUCGAGAGCCUCGAGGAGGUGGUGGUGGUGUGGGACAACGGCACGGCCGCCAACUACCGCUGCUCCGGGGCCUACGACCUGCGCAUCCUGGACAGCGCGCCCACCGGCAUUAAACAUGAUGGAACCAUGUGUGAUACCUGUCGCCAGCAACCAAUCAUUGGCAUUCGAUGGAAAUGUGCAGAGUGUACAAAUUAUGAUUUGUGCACAGUUUGUUAUCAUGGAGAUAAACAUCACUUAAGGCAUCGCUUUUACCGUAUUACUACACCAGGAAGUGAACGGGUUCUGUUAGAGUCUCGUAGAAAAUCUAAGAAGAUUACAGCAAGAGGGAUCUUUGCGGGUGCCAGAGUGGUUCGCGGUGUAGACUGGCAGUGGGAAGAUCAGGAUGGAGGAAAUGGGCGUAGGGGAAAGGUAACAGAAAUACAAGACUGGAGUGCAUCAAGCCCACAUAGUGCAGCAUAUGUUCUCUGGGAUAAUGGUGCGAAGAACCUUUACAGAGUUGGCUUUGAGGGGAUGUCUGAUUUGAAGUGUGUCCAGGAUGCCAAAGGAGGUUCCUUUUACAGAGAUCAUUGCCCUGUACUAGGUGAGCAGAAUGGCAACAGGAAUCCUGGUGGAUUGCAGAUCGGUGACCUGGUAAAUAUAGAUCUUGACCUAGAAAUUGUACAGUCUUUGCAGCAUGGUCAUGGAGGAUGGACUGAUGGCAUGUUUGAGACUUUAACUACAACUGGAACUGUUUGUGGAAUUGAUGAAGAUCAUGACAUUGUUGUACAGUAUCCAAGCGGCAAUAGGUGGACCUUUAAUCCUGCUGUUCUUACUAAAGCAAAUAUUGUCCGAAGUGGGGAUGCUGCUCAAGGUGCAGAAGGAGGUACCUCACAAUUUCAAGUGGGUGAUCUUGUCCAAGUGUGUUAUGAUCUGGAAAGAAUUAAACUUCUGCAAAGAGGACAUGGAGAAUGGGCUGAAGCUAUGCUCCCAACUUUAGGUAAAGUUGGCCGAGUGCAACAAAUUUAUUCUGACAGUGAUUUAAAGGUGGAAGUUUGUGGAACGUCUUGGACAUACAAUCCAGCAGCAGUAUCCAAGGUGGCAUCUGCAGGAUCAGCCAUUAGUAAUGCAUCUGGUGAAAGACUCUCCCAACUCUUGAAGAAAUUAUUUGAAACCCAAGAAUCUGGUGAUCUCAAUGAAGAAUUAGUUAAGGCAGCUGCCAAUGGAGAUGUUGCUAAAGUGGAAGAUUUGCUAAAAAGACCAGAUGUGGAUGUAAAUGGACAAUGUGCUGGUCAUACUGCUAUGCAAGCUGCUAGUCAGAAUGGACAUGUUGACAUUUUGAAGUUACUUUUGAAGCAAAAUGUUGAUGUAGAAGCAGAGGAUAAAGAUGGAGAUAGAGCUGUCCAUCACGCAGCUUUUGGAGAUGAAGGUGCGGUUAUAGAAGUACUCCAUCGAGGCUGUGCUGAUUUGAAUGCUCGCAACAAGAGAAGACAGACACCACUUCAUAUUGCUGUUAAUAAAGGUCAUCUUCAAGUUGUAAAGACCUUAUUGGACUUUGACUGUCAUCCCAGUCUUCAGGAUUCUGAAGGUGAUACCCCUCUUCAUGAUGCAAUAAGUAAGAAACGUGAUGAUAUCUUGGCAGUUCUUCUGGAAGCUGGAGCAGAUGUUACUAUUACAAACAAUAAUGGAUUUAAUGCUCUACAUCAUGCUGCACUGAGAGGGAAUCCCAGUGCAAUGCGUGUUUUACUCUCUAAACUACCAAGACCAUGGAUUGUGGAUGAGAAGAAAGAUGAUGGUUAUACUGCCUUGCAUCUGGCUGCCCUUAAUAAUCAUGUUGAAGUGGCUGAAUUAUUGGUACAUCAGGGUAAUGCAAACCUGGAUAUCCAGAAUGUGAACCAACAAACUGCUUUACAUCUUGCUGUUGAAAGGCAGCACACCCAGAUUGUGCGGCUUUUGGUUCGUGCAGGUGCCAAAUUAGAUAUUCAGGAUAAGGAUGGAGAUACUCCUUUGCAUGAAGCUCUGAGGCAUCAUACAUUGUCUCAGUUGCGUCAGUUGCAAGAUAUGCAGGAUGUGGGGAAGGUAGAUGCCACCUGGGAGCCAUCCAAAAAUACAUUAAUAAUGGGACUUGGUACCCAGGGGGCAGAGAAGAAGAGUGCAGCAUCUAUUGCCUGCUUUUUGGCUGCCAAUGGUGCUGACCUGAGCAUUCGAAAUAAGAAGGGCCAGUCACCGCUUGAUCUUUGUCCUGAUCCAAGUCUCUGCAAAGCAUUGGCAAAGUGUCAUAAAGAAAAAGUCAGUGGUCAGGUGGGUUCUCGAAGUCCGUCUAUGAUUAGUAAUGAUACUGAAACCUUGGAAGAGUGUAUGGUGUGUUCAGAUAUGAAGAGGGAUACUCUUUUUGGCCCAUGUGGACAUAUUGCUACCUGCUCUUUGUGUUCUCCACGAGUCAAGAAAUGCCUGAUCUGUAAAGAACAAGUUCAGUCCAGGACCAAGAUCGAAGAAUGUGUGGUAUGCUCUGACAAGAAAGCAGCUGUUCUUUUUCAACCUUGUGGACACAUGUGUGCUUGUGAGAACUGUGCUAGCCUGAUGAAAAAGUGUGUGCAGUGUCGCGCAGUUGUUGAACGGAGAGUGCCUUUCAUUAUGUGUUGUGGAGGGAAAAGUUCAGAAGAUCCUGGUGAUGAUAUCUCAAGUGGGAAUAUUCCAGUAUUACAAAAGGACAAGGAUAAUACCAAUGUCAAUGCAGAUGUGCAGAAGUUGCAACAACAGCUACAGGACAUUAAAGAACAGACAAUGUGCCCUGUGUGUUUGGAUCGUCUGAAGAAUAUGAUUUUCCUCUGUGGCCAUGGAACGUGUCAGCUCUGUGGAGACCGAAUGAGUGAAUGUCCUAUUUGUCGCAAGGCUAUUGAACGAAGGAUUCUUUUGUAUUAGCUAAGAAACUCAUUUGUGUUUUGUUAGCUGAAGUAUUUGCUUAUGAACUCUUUGUAAACUUUUAAGUUAGUUGGAGAGCUAAUGAAUUAAUCUUUUUGUAUUAGUUUCUUUUAGACCGUAAAUAUACCAGAACAAAAAAACCUUCAUGAAACAGUAUUCUAAAGUCAUGUUUUUUUAUUUGAUGCAUCAAAUUUGUGAAAUUCAUUUACUUUUGGCUUCUAAGGCAGAAAAUGUUUAAGGAUCUCCUGGGUUCUUUUUGUUUUUAAUUGUGUGUGUGUUUGUGUUUUUAAUAGUUUAUAUAUUUGUAGAUUUCAAAGGGUGCACUUCUUUGAACGCUGUUUUUCGAUUAUGAUUUUACAUAGUUGAAAAGUCAUGCAUCAAAUGAAAGGGGCAAGUCAAACCAUUAUGCCACAUAUUAAAUGAUGAAAUUAGAGCAAAAGUUCUACAUAGCUAAGAGAAUAUUGAAGAGAGAUUUCUCUUUAUAACAUUAAAUGUUAAAUAUCCAAAUGAUUGUUUUCCGAAAUCUUAGAAUAAAUGAAAGCAUAGAUUCAGAGAAUAAUGACUUUGCAUUUAACUUAUUUUCUAGAUUUAAAAAGAAAAUAGUUUGAACUGAACAAAUUCCCAGUUUAAAAUGAUUAAUAGGCAUGAGAAAUCAGUUCAGAGUAGAAUACUUAUUAAUUGGUCAUUAACAGUUGCCAUUUUUAGAUUAAUUUUUAUACUGUUUUGUGUAGCCUGUCUUUAAAAAAUGUGGAUGAAAAUGUACCUCAGUUUCCCCACAUGGUUAUUCUGGCUUGAUCUGACCAGUUAAAUGAUACUGUUCCAUUUAGCCUCUGAUGGCCUCUAAUAUCUCAGUCUAAGCCUCUGAUCUUCAAGUUUUCUUAUGUCCCUUGUGAGCUGAAAAAAGAUAACGCGUUAUUCAAAACAAAAUUUUCUUGUUCAUUCUGAUAAUGUUGCUGAUUCCUGAUCCUGCUUUCAUUCAUAGGCCUUACUUCUUUCUAUUCUUGCUCAGAUAGUGGUGAAAAAAUCUUCUUUAUACCUAAAAGAAGUUUUAAAACGAAUAAUAUUCAGAACAUGAAAAAUAACCCUAGUAAUAAAUAUGUUAGAAGUGCCCAGA